AGAAAAUAAACUUAUUUUUAGCUUUCUGUUAGCUUUUGGGUUUUCAAUCAAUUUUGAGAAAUUACUCAACUUGUACAACAAACAAACAGGAACAGUACUUUUUUAAUCACCCAUACGUUAUCCGUACUAAGUAACACAUUGGGUCACGGUUUAAAAUAACUGUCUGGCUGCUUUGACUUUUCCACAAAAAAAAGAAUGGCAUUAAAUCAUCAACCAGCAAACCCUGCAAUGAUGGGAUUACCAGCUACAACCAUAGUUCCAACAUCCAAUACCUCUGAGCAAGUAGAUAAGAACCUGCAUUCCUACUCAUUUCCCAAUAACUCAAAGAUUAACAAAACCAAAAAGACACUCAAGAGAAAGCAAUCAAUAGUGACACGUGAUACCAUGAGUGUUGUAUCCUCAAAUUUUGCAAAGAGUGACAAGUGUGAAAACAGUAAAUCCUCAUUUGGUGGAAGCCCCAACUUUUCGUUACUCGCAAAUACAAACGAGGACGAUAAUCAGAUCAUAGACGAAUGUACCAUGUCAGAAUUAAGUAACCAAUCUAAUACAUCUAGUGAUUCUCACGCUUCAGAGCAGCAAAAUGGAGCAUACGUGGGAAGAAGGUACUCAUUUUUAGAUGUCGACAUGGAAUCUAUUCUGAAAUUUAAACUAAACUAAACCUUCUAGCCCAUAUGAUCACUAAGCAAAUGUAAAUUAAUCGUCCAAUGUAAAUAAUAAACACUAUUUCAAUU